AUGUCCUCUAGACCGAAAAGGAAAGCUACCAUCAACAAGUCGUACUCCGACACGCUUGAGGAUUAUCCAAUAGAGGAGUUGUCAAAAUCAUCGUCUGCAUCUUCCAUAACCUCAUUGGUCAGCAACAACAGCUCUAGAAGGAAGCCCAUGAAGAGAACCUCUUCUGCCGUGGACGUAACCAGCAGUAAUGGAAAUUCCAGCAGUAGUGUAUCAACACCUAAGGCCAGUCUGAAACCGCAGAUGCCUCACAACUGGCAACCUCCGGUUUCUGUCGCAGACUACUUUUCCCAGAAACUCGAUCUUACCGACGCAUACAUUGACUUGUCAAUACAGACGCUCUAUUGCCCCCGACACGAGAAUGUCCAUUUCAUAAGCGACCGUAGCAAUAGUUCAAAUGGUAAGCGCAAAAAUAGCAAGAAACCCUUGUUCAAAUUGCAGAAGGGUGAUUAUAUCUAUAUGGUGUCUGAGCCUCCAGGAGAGCCAUACUAUAUAGCGCGAAUCAUGGGAUUCAAACUUAAAGACAAAAGCCAUGGCCAUGAUGAACAUCUAGAGCACGAGGAAGCACAUCGCAUAGGCAAUGGCAAUUCAGCCACAGCAAUCGUGGACGCCAAUGGCUACUGUUUCCAGGUGCAAUGGUUUUACAGACCUCGUGAUAUUUCUAAGACGACCUCUGACUCCAGACUCCUCUUUGCCUCGAUGCACACAGACACAUGUCCACUCCUCAGCUUUAGAGGAAUAGUAACCGUAGAACACAAACAGGAUAUUGAAGAUAGAUUCGGUUCUCAGAAUGAGAGCCUGUCUAACAAUACUAAAAAGUCUACUUCUCCUCCCAAUGUCUCGGCAUUGGAGUCGUAUAUCCAAAACCCCAACUGUUUCUACUUCGACAAGUUGUUUGACAGGUACAUGAUAAAGUUCUACGACAUCUUUCUGACAAGAAACCUUCUUCAAUACACCACUGUAGAGAACUCCAAGAGCAAGAACUUCUUAAUUGCGUUGAACAAACGGUUUGAGUUCAUAUUUGUGGAGGGAACAAGAGCCAAGUCGUUUGUAAACACCUUCAGUUCUACUUCCUGCAACUGUGAGCAUUGUGGGCAAUGGUGUUCUUCAACCCAAGACUCUAUCAACUGUGUAGAGUGUGGAAAGUUCUACCAUAUGCUCUGUCUAGAUCCUCCUUUGUUGAAGCGGCCUAGUAGAGGUUUCUCGUGGUCUUGCGCUGCUUGUACCAAGAGACAUGAUAUCGAGUACCACAAAAAGAAGAUGCUUAUGCUUUCUCAUGAUAAUAAAUCGUCAAACGCUAGUCAGUUGACUAAAGAACUCGAUGCAUUGAAAUCUGCAAUAAUUGAAGAUACUGAACUGACCCCAGGAGGUGAAGAUGAUGAAACCCAAAUCAUCUUACCUAAAUUCGAAACGAUGGCAAUAGACUUUUUACUUAACGAUGCUGACUUAACUCUUGAACAAAGACGCUUAAAGGAAGAAUGGCCAAUGAGAUACUUGGGUAUGCAUGCUAGAUUGGAAGAUGGAGUAGACAUCGAUGACAGAUCGCCGUACCCUAGAGCAUCUACCAGAUUGGGCGCAAAGCAUCAGGCAACAAACAUACCUGAGUUCUACGAUCAUCCCAUUGAGUACUACGAUGUGGACAAGCCUAAUUCGAAAAAGGUCAAAUCGAAUGGUAAAAAGAACAACCACGAUAAUAAGGAACCGAUGGAGAAGCUUGUAGUUCCCGACGAGUACAAGGACUUGUCGCCCAAGGAGUAUCCCCAGUGGCUACAGCCUCGUCCUAAAGGUUAUGUAGAAAGAGGUGUAGAUGAUGGCGAGGGAAUGACGUGUACGUUACUCUGGAAGCUGUCGGACGUUGAUGUGGAGAAUAACUUCGAAAAGCUCGAUUCUUAUAUUCAAAGAUGCGAACCUAUAGCCACAAGACUUAAUAUGCUUCUGACUUCUCCUAACUUCAUGGAUUCUGUAGUUAAUGCGUACAUGAGGUAUGAUGGUGAUGUGGACAGAGCCUACGAUGAGAUUAUGAAACUCACUCGAAAGACUUUGAAGGAGCCUACAUUCACCAAGGAAGAAGUCAAGCGAUUUGAAAGUGGAGUAAAGGAGUUUGGCAGUGAGUUGUAUCCUGUCUUUGGUGAUAGUGUAAUUGCUCUUUGCUUUAGAUGUGCUAAGUUGUGGAGACGCUAUGCUGUUGUUUGGGAAGACCCCAAUGAAGUAGAAAAGAAAAACACCAAGACCAGUGGCUGGAAGAAAAAAGUCGAACCAGAGCUUAUUCUGGACUCUGUCGCUAUUCUUGAGGAAGCUGAAACUCAAGGGGCAACUUUGUCUUACGCCUUUGAUUACGAAUCUGAAAGCAGCUUGACUGCGGCAGUCUUUGAAAGGUCGGUAACACCAUCUGGUAAAGUAGAGCAAAAGAUAAUAACCAAGAAAAAGGUCAAGCCAGAGUAUGUAAAUGCUGUCAAAGAAGAGAAGGAGGAAACUAAAACUAUGAACAAAAAGAGAAAAACUUCUACAGCAACAUCCACUACUUCUAAGAAUCCCAAGACAGCUAAUGGAAAGACCUCUAAGACGGCUUCUGCUGUACUGAAGAGCAGAUCUAAGGAGAAGCCUGAAACUGAAACCAAGAUCAAGGCUGAAAAUGAAGGUGAUGAAGCUUUGGAUGAAAAACCUACUAAGGGUGUAAAGUCUCGCAAAAGAAAGCAGGAAACCAUAGAAUCUAAUUUGGUAGAAAAGGAAGUUCUCAUUUCUCAGCAAACUACGAAGAAACAAAGAAAACAUGCUAAUUCUAUGGCAAGCAAAAUAUUCAAUCCCAUUUUCAGCGUGGAUUACAACCCUCCUGCUAGUACUCUUACCACCAAGAUCGACAAGAAGUUGUAUCCAAAUUUGAGCAAGAACAGUUUGGAAAACAUUAUUAAGAACUACAGAACCAGGCAGUUGUUGGAUUUGACAUCUCAAUUACAAGUAUUGACGGUGCCUCAUUUAACAUCUGUAGAGCUACCAUUUCAAACUCAUGAUAGAAAAUGCUGUGUCUGUCGUGAACAUGACACAGCUGAAAACUCCAAGCUUGAAAUGCUAAUCUGUUCAAACUGUGGUGUAAAUAUACAUAGUUCCUGUGCUGGUAUAGCAAUUCCUGAGGGUGCUCAGAAACCGGUUAAGCAGUGGUUAUGUGAGCCUUGUGUCAACGACUUGAAGCCCUUUAACUCGACUGUCUACUCGUGUUCGAUGUGUUUGGCAAAGGAAUCCAAUUACGAGCUUUCUAUGUUGGGUUCUCCACUUGUGAGACCAGAUUUCUUAAAGCCCAUAUAUGAGUCAGGGAAAUGGUGCCAUCUCUUGUGUGCUAUUUUCAAUCACGAUUUGAUUUCUUUCCGACCUUCUACAACUACUUCGAACUCUCUGAAAAGAAUUAUAAAGGAAGAUGUUUCUGAUAUGAGAGCUAUGGUGGAUGCUAUCUAUAGCGGCAUCCACAUUGAAAGUGUAUCUAAGGUUUUCAUUCAGAACUAUCGUUCAACAUGUGGCAUCUGUCAGUCUCGUAACGGAUCCAUGGUCAAGUGUGACUUGUGCGAUGAUAACAUCAAGUAUCACCUUACAUGUGCUCAGGACACUCCAAACUUCAAGCUUGGCUUCAAGUUGGUAGCUCCUGUAAACGAAAAAGAUCAUCAGAUAGUGAAGGUGGGCAAUGUGGUGGGCAAACUCAAGCCGAUCUUGGUCUGUCCUAAACACGACCAAUCCACAUCUACAGUGGCCAACUUGAGAAGCAUUGGAAAGAGAGUAUUUGGGGUGAAUAAGGAUGAGCCAAAGCCUCUUAUCCAGCUAUUCUUAGAAGAUGCUGUUAAAAACAAUACCAUCAAGUUAACUGGACCACAGUUAAGAUCGAAGUCGUACAUUGAAAAUUAUAAUCUCUUCAGAGGUGAAUCCGAAUUUAACAGACAGAAUCUGCUUUUGCUGUUGCACAACGAACAAUCAGAAAAGAUCUGUUCAGCAUGUAAUACCAGAACCUCGCCAAUGUGGUGGAACAAAGAGAGGACAAGUCAAGCAAAAAUAGAACAGAUAGAAUCGAAUGGCCCACAGAGCAAAGAAGUAUAUCUUUGUCAAUCAUGUUACCACAACAAUGAUGACGAUGACAAAAAUGAAACUGACGAUACAGAGGAAGGCGAGAGUUUGAUCGAUGUUCUCAGAAAACCUAUGUCUGCUGAGCAUUACGGUAUUCGAAACGAAAAAGACCGUCUAUCUGACAUAUAUGUGUCGAAGUUAUUGCAGGAAAAAACUCCGGCUAAAGAAAGUAGUAGCAGUGGAGAGACCACAAGAUCAAAGAUUUCUCUUGGGGAUAUCUUGAGUUAG